GUCGAUUCUUCUCUCUUUGCUCAUUGGUCUUCCAAGAAAGAACAGCAGUUUCUGUGCCUGCUCCAGCUUUCAUUUUUGUCAGUUGAAGGACAAGAACAAAUGUGUGGGUUUCAGACGCGCAUCUCUACCUUACUAUUGCAUUCUCAGGAGUUUUUCUUCUCCUUUUGACUCUUGAGGAAAACUGGCAUUUUUGUUCCGGCAUUCCCUUCUCCACAUAUGCUAUGCUUCUUGAAUGAAUACCCCUCUAAAAUAAAGAUCAGAAACAGGUAGACUUGUUCCUGGUUUCACCCGUAAACAUGAUAUCACGACCAAAGAAUGGGUGGCACUCUAUUUUGCCCCUUAAUUUCAGAGGCAAAGCAGUCACCGGCUUUUGCAUUUUCCCAAAAGUUAAAUCAGCAGGUUAUAGCCCAGAAAACGCACCUGUCUACCUGAAUGUGUAUGACUUGACAAACGCUAAUGGCUAUGUCUAUUGGGCAGGCUUCGGUAUCUUUCACUCUGGGGUGGAAGUCCAUGGUGUGGAAUAUGCCUUUGGAGCCCAUGACUACCCAUCAAGCGGUGUGUUUGAGGUUGAACCCCGGCAGUGCCCUGGUUUCAAGUUUAGAAAAUCAAUAUUUAUGGGGACAACGCGCUUAGAUCCUAAACAAGUUAGAGAGUUCAUGGAGCGCCAAUCUGCUAAUUACAAUGGUGAUACGUAUCAUUUGAUUGUUAAGAACUGCAACCAUUUCUGUGAGGAUACGUGUUACAAACUGACUGGGAACCGAAUACCGAAAUGGGUGAAUCGACUUGCAAGAAUAGGUUCACUAUGCAACUGUAUACUCCCAGAGGUCCUCAAGGCCACUAAAGUACAGCAUGACCCCAAUUAUCAAGAACGCGAAAGCGAAAAGAAGAGACUAAGAAGUUCCUUCAGUUGCUUUUCAUCAAUUUCAAUGCCACAAAAGGAAGUCUCCAUGUCUUCUUUGUUUCUGCACUCUCACUACAAAGGCUGCCUACCACCAUGGGAAUUGAAGAGGUCCAGAAAGGGUUCACUUAAGGAAGGAUGAAAAAAAAUGCCAGUGCUUUUGAAAGAUUGUCAGUUGCGGUUUUGCAAUUUUGAGGCAUUCGGGGGAUAUCAACAUCUUUCCUUUAUACACGAUUUUCUUGGAAAGUAAAUAUGUGCAAGGUGGUUGUUUUGAGCGCUACAAUAGAUUGCUUUACACUUCUUAUCCCAUCUCUGCCGGGCUGCCUCCCAGGAAUUUGCUUGUUGUCUUCUAUGAUUGUAUUCCGAUGUCGUGCAAGCCUGUUUGCAUUGCUAGAGAACUGGUGUAGAUUUUUCAGUUGUCUACAAAUCACAUUGAUCUCUUAAUUUUCAGUAGCUCCUUCCGAUUUUGGUUA